AUGAAAUCCACUGGAAGACAACAACAAUCAAAAAAGCAUAAUGCUAUAUCACCAAAACAACAAACGCUACUUAACUUUGUAAGGAAAGUAUCUGCUGAUAAAAACGGAAAACGUACGCGAGUAGAAGCUGAUAAGACGUCGUCCAGAGUUCCAACUAAUGAAGAUACAUACUCGGAGACCAAGAAGAAGAUACGAAUAGAGAAUAAAGGCGUUCGCUCGCAUUUAAAGUCGAGUUAUUUUGAAGGAGAUAAGCCUCAGGUGUCCGACUGGGCCGAAAAGUAUUGUUUCUCUAAUGGUGAAAAGGAACCAAAGAAUAAGCAGUCUGAUAAUGACAUUGUAGUUAUUAGUAGUGAUUGUAGUGACAUUCAAGAUGACAUAAAUAUCGAACACGAGAUUAAGCCAUCUGAUGCGAUGAAUAUAGAAGCAAGUGUGAAUAUGGAUGAGAAUAAAAACAAGAGACAAAUGUUGCACGAACGAUUCGUUAAGAAAUUAGGUAAUCACGCGCAAAGUGCCAUGGAAAUCGAUGAGAGAGUGCCGCAAGAGACAGGUCGCACACCCAGCGAUAGAGCACCAUCUAAAUCGUCUUCAAUCACUUAUACCCCACUGGAGAAACAGUAUCUUGCAAUAAAACGUGAUCAUCCUGAUACCUUGCUCAUAGUAGAAGUCGGAUACAAAUUCAAGUUCUUUGACAAGGAUGCAAUUGUAGCAUCGAAAAUACUAAGCAUAGCCCAUUUCAUGGACCACAAUUUCUACGUUGCGAGUAUUCCAGUACACCGGUUGAAUGUACAUGUGAGAAGACUUGUAUAUGCUGGAUAUAAAGUUGGCGUUGUACGCCAAAUGGAAACAGCAGCAUUGAAGGCCGCUGGAGACAAUCGAAACACGCCAUUUGUACGUAAAUUGGCUAAUCUAUACACACGAGGAACGUUCAUAGAGGAUAUCCUUUUUACAUUCGAUCGUGAUAUCAUACUAUCCGAUCAUGUAAUGGCCGUAGUGGAAGAGCAUUGUGGGGGAAGUGGAUUAGAUGAACUGGUUAAGAUUAGCGUUUUGGCAGUUCAAAUAGCAACCGGAGAUAUAAUUUACGACUACUUUGACGAUGGUCAUAUGCGAAAUGAACUGGAAACGCGUCUUCUUCACAUUCGACCAUGUGAAAUAUUAUUGCCUAAAAUAAUAAGUAAACAGACAGAGAAAGUUAUAUCACACAUCACGUCUCGAAGCGCUGGUGGUAUUGGAGAGAAAAUCCGAAUAGAAAGAAUGGAUGAUAUCCAUCUCAGCUAUGCACAAGCAUUCAGUUUUGUGUCUGAGUUUUAUUCAAACGCCAAGAAUGACAUUAACAAAGGAGUGGCGGGCGAGAGUGGAGAGAGCGUAGUUAAAGCGCGUAAUCAACUUCUUCUCAAUGGCAAUACAAUAUCGAAUCUUGAGAUUUACAAUAACCAGACCGAUUUACGGGAAAAGGGGUCUUUGUUAUGGGUUUUAGAUCAUACGCGUACUCCAUUUGGGAAAAGGUUAUUGAGAAAGUGGAUUGGAAGACCUUUGAUUGAUAUUGGCCAACUGAACGAGAGAAUUGGUGCUGUAGAGGAGAUAUUACAUGGUACUAGCCCCGUUUUGAGUACGACGCAAGAGCUAUUGGGCAAAUUACCCGAUCUGGAGAAGGGGCUGUGUAAGAUACACUAUGCAAAGUGCACACCAUCGGAACUUUUUCGAAUCCUAAGUUCCCUACAACGUGUCUCGUCUGCAUAUCUACCAUUCUCAUCUCUUGACUUGAAUUCACCUCUUCUCACAAGUAUAUUCACGUUUCUCCCGAAAAUUAAGCCAUGCAUUGAUAGUUUUCUUAGUGUGAUUAAUGUUGGGGCAGCUGAAAGACAGGAUAAGUUCAAUUUGUUUAAAAAUGCAGAGAAAUACCGUGAAAUUCAGCAACAUAAGGAGAAUAUAUCAGCAGUUGAAAAGGAUCUUAAUACUCACAUGAUGGAAAUACGCCAAUUGUUGCAAAAGCCAAAGUUUGAAUAUAAGGCUGUCGCUGGGAUUGAGUAUCUGAUCGAAGUGAAGAAGGCUGAAGAAAACAUAGUACCAAAGACAUGGGUCAAAGUCUGUGGUACGAAAGCAGUGUCUCGCUUUCAUUCCCCAACAAUCAUGCAAAAAAUCAAAGAACGCGAUCAACAUCGAGAACGGCUCUCAUCUGCGUGUGAUCAAGCAUACAAAAACUUUUUGCAAGAAAUAUCGGAUCACUAUGAACUCUUGCGAGAUGCGAUACAGAAAAUCGCUGUACUCGACUGUUUAUUUUCUCUCGCCAUUGUAUCUCGUCAGCCUGGGUAUGUGAAGCCUGAAUUCAUAGAUGAGGCUGAGAUUGAAGUGGUUAAUGGACGACAUCCGAUGAUUGAACAGUUAAAUAAUACUUUUGUUGCCAACGAUGUAAAGCUAAGUACGAAUGGAUUGAGAACAAUGAUUCUAACCGGUCCAAACAUGGGUGGCAAAAGCUCAUAUAUUCGCCAAGUAGCACUGAUAGCAAUAAUGGGUCAAAUAGGCUCAUACGUCCCAGCAUCAUCAGCUCGUCUAGGAAUCCUGGAUGCCGUCUACACGCGCAUGGGUGCGUCUGACAACAUGCUCGCGGGGGAAAGUACCUUUAUGGUUGAAUUAAACGAGGCGUCACAAAUCAUGAAACAUGCUACUAGAAGGAGUUUGGUUAUUCUUGAUGAACUCGGAAGAGGGACUAGCACUCACGAUGGAGUCGCAAUUGCAUAUGCAGUGUUGAGACACUUUAUUGAAAAGAUCAAGUGCAUGACAUUAUUUGUUACGCAUUAUCCAUCGCUGGCCAAACUAGUUCAUGAAUUUCAAGGGAUUGUAGGGAAUUAUCAUAUGGGGUUCUUGGAGGCUGAAGGAGAAGAUGGAUCUCAUACAAUCACAUUUCUAUAUAAACUGACUGAGGGUGUAGCUAUGAAAAGCUAUGGCAUUAAUGUUGCUCGUCUUGCUAAACUACCACAACUUAUAAUCGAGCGUGCAUCAGAGAAAUCCCACGAGCUCGAUCAGAAGAUUCGAUAUCGACAACAGACAAGUCAGAUUGCGGAUAUAUUGAAAUUACUCUUUCGCAAUGAGCUGACAAAAGAAAGUGCAACAGAGAUUGUAAAGAAAGUACGAAAUUAUCUGAAAUUUAGAGAAUGA